GAGGUGUAGCGAAUUAUCCCCGGAAUAAGUUACUCUAAAGUACGUAUAUGAGCUGCCACGCGCUCCUCGCAAAAAGAGGAAGCUAACAAGGCCGAGAGAUAAGAGUACAGUAUUGUAACUGAGUGGCUUAGACCGCACCCUCCGACAGACAUACUCGAUAGUAACGCAAAGAAGGCAUGACCCUGACGGCCAGUCAAUUUCAAGUAUGGUACUUUGUACUUUCAAUGCGAAGUGAGAAGUCUUUCGCCGUAAUCUUCAUCAUCCUAUUGCCCCGAUCGCAGGCUCUUUGUCCGUCUUUCGUGGCUUGCCCCUAUAUAAACCCGCAGCCACUAUUAAGCCGUUCCCGCGCCGAUACACUUUUAAAAUUGCCCAUGUGGACAGAGCAGAGCAGGACUGCAUUUCAAAGCCCAUAUGAAAACAUUGAUAUCGACUCUCCCUAAGGUCCUUUGUCCAUGUGGCCCCGGUGGUACGUCCCAUGGAAAUGUCCUCCGAUAAGUACGGGACCUGGUGAUGGUGGUACCAAAGAGUUUUGCUGAGGACGUUGCCAAAUAACCAAUGCUAACUACUUGCAGUAAGCAGCAGGGGAUUCAUGCCGAGACGUUCUCAACCAUUCCCCUGGUGGACAGGCCUAUUGCCCCAUCAAGCCGCGCCGCCCCUUUCUAUUUUUGCAUCGCUAGAUCGCGUUUAGGUACCUAUACCUGUAACGCUGGCUGCCUGCGACAUGAACAGGUUAUUUGCCACACCGGGUGAUACGUGCAAUUGGAACUUUCGCCCCUUAAAUCACUUCGAUUAUUGGUGGUUUUCCUCGUUCCCUUUUUUUUUUUUUUUU